AUGAGCGAGUUGCAGUACUUUGAUCAUGUGCAGCGAGGCUGUGUCGACUGCCCGGCGGCGGGCGUGCGGUUGGUCAUUCUUUUCGGAGUCUUAUUUGCUGCUGCAGCGACAGGCGUCCUUUUCUAUCUUGCGCUCACCCGCAUUGCCGCGUGCGGUCGCCUUGGGGCUCGCGCCGCGCACCGCCUGAAGUACAUCGAGUUGAGCGUUGGCUUUCAGCCCAAGCUCAAGGUCCUCCUUAGCUUUUACCAGAUUGGUGCGACGCUCGGGCCCGUGUAUGGCGUGCGCCUCCACGAGAGCCUUACGCGCUGGACCGACAUUCUCGACGCAUUCAGCCUCGAUGUGCUCGGCCUCACCUACCCAGACUCGUGCAUUGGCUCGAUGCGUGCACGGAUUUUGCUGAGCGCCCUGUGGCCGAUCCUUGUCAUCCUGCUCGGCGCCAUCGCUCUCGCUUCCCACACGGUCGCGGUAUGGCUCUUGUCGGAUCGCGCCGGUCACCUCCGGAGCGACCUCGGUCGGGCAACGCUGGGCCGCGUGCUCUACUGGGCCAUCCUCGUCGCCUACCUCGUGCUUCCCUCCGUCUCUCGCUCCAUCUUCAAGGCGCGCAAGUGCGAGUCAUUCAGUAUCAACGUCCUUGAUGAAACGCGGCGCUCCUACCUCAUGGCCGACCUCGACGUGCUGUGCAGCGCCGACGACGACAAGUACCGUGAACUUGACCUCAUCUUCUGGUCCUUCUUUGUGCUCUGGCCGGUGCUCGUUCCCCUCACCUUCCUCGUGCUGCUGCUCUCGCUUCGCCCCGCGGUGCGAGCGCAACGCAUAAGCCCUCUCGCCAACGCCUGCCGUUUUCUCUGGCGCGACUACGACGCGGACUUCAUCUUCUGGGAGGUGUUUGACCUCGUGCGUAAGCUCUUCUUGGCUUCGCUCGUGCUUUUCAUUGAUCAGGAGUACGGCUCGAGUAAGCUGCUUCGCCUCGUUGUCGCCACUGUCGUCUCGGCCCUCUUUCUCGCCGCCCUCGCCCUCGCCCGCCCGUUCAAGCGAUCCGACGACCUCCACCUUGCGUGCGUUGCCAAUCUGCUUCUCACGUGCUGCUUCUGUCUUGGCGCCGUGAUUCAGCUCUGCGGCGACGACAACGACCUGUGCUACCAACUCGUUGGCAUCCAAAGCGGACGCAGAGCGAGCGAGUUUGUCGUCGUCCUAACCGUCGCGAUGCUCGUCGCGUCGCUGCUGAUCGUCUUCUUCAAGACCGCCACCGCCGUCCGCGUACCGACGCUCCGCCUCGUCUCCACCGGCCGCGCUCCAAUCCUCGAGCUGCCUGCCGCUUGCCACUUCCACGCCUUCAUCUCUCACGCGUGGGGAACUGGCCAGGACCAGACGCACACCGUCGUGCGGCGACUACAGCUUCUGCUGCCCGGCGUGAGGAUCUGGCUCGACGUCGACAAUCUAGACGACGUGGGAAAGCUCGAGGAGUCGGUCGCCGACUCGGCAACCUUCAUAAUCUUCCUGAGCUCUGGCUACUUCCGGAGCUGGAACUGCCGCCGCGAGCUCUACGCGGCGCUCGCCUCGGUCCGGCCAUUUAUUGUCGUGCACGAGGCAGAUACGGCCAAGGGCGGCGCCUCGCUGGCGGCACUGCGGGACGAAUGCCGCGAUAGCUGCGUCGAGGUUGCCCCGCCUGCCUAUCCUUCCUACAGCGGGCCGGGCGAGGUGCUCACGCGCGUCUUCGAAGAGGCGGAGCCGAUCGUGUGGGUGCGAGUGCACGACUUUCAGCUCGAGUCGCUCAAGGAGGUUGCGCUGCGCAUGCUGCGCCAAAGUCCGUACUAUUCGCUGCAUCUCAACGAGCUCGCGUCGGGCGUCACGGUGCCAGGCGAAAUCGGAUCGCACGGGUUUACUGGUCUCGUCACCAUCCUGGUAUGUCGCGAGAACGAGGGCGCGCAUGACGUGGCGACGGAGGUGAAGGCGGCAGCGGCGGAGGGGCAUAGCUCGACCACGGCCGCACCGGACUCUCCGGACGUGGUUGUGAUCCGCGAGGCUUCAGAGGUGCUCAAGGAAGCCAACGCACCCGCACCGCUCCAGGGGCGCGCCGUAUUGCUACUUUACCUGAACGAGAAGACCUUUCUUGACCCGUCCGGCACCGUCGCGCGCAUCGUGCAAACGGCAAUGGACCGGCGGAUCGCCAUCGCUCCCGUCGCCGAGCAGGACCCUGCCAGCGGCGGCGUUGCCUUCAGGCAAUUUUUCCAGCAAACACCUCAGGUGCUGCAGCAGCCACCGUACAAGCUCUUCGACACGCUCGCCGUGCCGCUGUACCCGUCGCAGCAGCACCGCAAGUGCUGCCUGGCGCGAAAAGGCGGUAGACGGGUCGAGCCGGCCGCACCCGCGGCAGAGUCGCCCGAGGUUGAGAAGGCCGAGGGGGCUUGGAUCGGCAUGCAGCAUCUCGAGCUCACAGAUGAUUAA